AGCGGCGCGGCAGGUGCCCCGGAAGCGGCGGGCGGUGCCCCGGAAGCGGCGCGGUCAGGGCGGCGAUGGCGGCGGAGGAGCCUCAGCAGCCGCAGCCGGAGCCGCUCGGCGGCAGCGACGCGGACGGCGUGAACUGCCUGGCCUACGACGAGGCGAUCAUGGCGCAGCAGGACCGGAUCCAGCAGGAGAUUGCGGUGCAGAACCCACUGGUGUCAGAGCGCCUGGAGCUCUCAGAGCUCUACAAGGAAUACGCCGAGGAUGACCAUGUGUACCAGGAGAAGAUCAAGGACCUGCUCCAGAAAUAUUCCUACAUCCGGAAGACACGUCCAGACGGGAAUUGUUUCUACCGCGCCUUUGGCUUCGCCCACCUGGAGGCUCUGCUGGAGGAUGGGCAGGAGCUGCAGCGGUUCAAGGAGGUGUCAGCACGCAGCAAGGAGGAGCUGGUGGCGCAGGGCUUCACUGAGUUCACCAUCGAGGACUUCCACAACACGCUGAUGGAGCUGAUCGAGCGCGUGGAGCGCCGUGUGCCGCUGCCGGAGCUGCUGGCGGCCUUCAACGAGCCAGCAACCUCGGACUACCUGGUGGUUUACCUGCGGCUGCUCACUUCGGGCUGCCUCCAGCGCCACCGCCGCUUCUUUGAGCAGUUCCUCGAGGGUGGCCGCAGCAUCAAGGAGUUCUGCCAGCAGGAAGUGGAGCCCAUGUGCAAGGAGAGCGACCACAUCCACAUCAUCGCGCUGGCACGGGCGCUGCACGUCUCCAUCCUGGUGGAAUACAUGGACCGGGGCGAGGGCGGCGCCACGAACCCGCACGUGUUCCCCGAGGGCUCCCAGCCCCGCGUCUGCCUCCUCUACCGCCCCGGCCACUACGACAUCCUCUACAAGUGACCCCUCUGCCGUGAGGGGCCUCACACCGCCCCCC